AUGCACGCACCAAAAGAGCACAGCCAGCCAACCCUGGUCGAUGAUACCAGGACCAAGGCCCCAGACCCGGAUCUCGAACGCAACGAGGAUCAUCAGUUCCUCAUGAAUCGCAGUGUUCGGAACUUCUCGUGGAAAGGAUUGACCGUCACCGUCAAGGAUCGCCAGACGAAGGAUGCUCGAGACCUGAUCAAUGAUAUGUCGGGGAUGUGCAGCAAGGUUAGCGAAUCUACGCUGGCAGAGAAACUGAGACCAUUACUUACCCCUAUGAUCCCAGGUGAACUGGUUGCCUUGAUGGGCCCAUCGGGCUGUGGAAAGACAACCCUGCUCAACGUAUUGGCACGUCGCCCAGCAGCAUCGGGCGCCAAAGUUCUCGGCGAUAGCUAUGUCAACGGGACCAAGGUCGACAGUGGCGCAUUCGGUCGCAUGACUUCAUACGUCGAGCAAGAAGAUACUCUCAUCGGAUCACUGACAGUGCGCGAGACGCUCAAGUUUGCAGCAGACCUCUCUCUGCCCAGCUCCGUGACAAAGAGCCAGCGCAUCGAGCGUAUUGACACGCUUCUCGAGGCCUUCGGUGUCCAGAACCAGGCCAAUACCCUUGUCGGCACCCCGAUCCGGAAGGGCAUCAGCGGUGGUCAAAAACGACGUGCCAGCGUGGCGAGCCAGCUCAUCACUUGCCCCAAGAUCCUAUUUCUAGACGAGCCGACCAGUGGUCUAGGACUCGACGGCCAGUUUCGAGGUCAUGUCAUCAUAAUCAUCGCAAGUAUCCACCAACCGUCUACAACAACCUUCCAGCUCUUCGACAAGCUGUUGCUGCUAUCUUCCGGCCGCACAUGCUAUUUCGGCCCCCUGACUGGCAUCGAUGGGUACUUCCGUGAGAUUGGGCACCCGAUUCCCGGUAGUACUAAUCCUGCGGAGUUUUUGCUCGAUAUUGUAAGCUCCGACUUCGGCAAUGCGAAGGAGGUUGCACAAGAACGGGUUCGGCUUAUCCAGCAUGCGUGGGCCCAGUCUAUGGAAGCCGAUGCUAUCUCACGACAGAUUUUUGAUCGAGUGAGCAUCGCGGAGAAGGAUGAGGGUGGAGUGGACGUGGAUGAUAUUGCGAGACCGGGGUCAAUUCGGAUCACUGGUGCUUUGCUUCAUCGAUCGUUUAUCAAGAGUUACCGCGAUGUGGUGGCAUACGGGAUUCGCAUAGUGAUGUAUCUUGGUCUUGCCAUCAUGAUGGGUACAGUUUGGCUGCGUCUACAGCCGACGCAAGAGUCUAUCCAGCCAUUCGUCAAUGCCAUUUUCUUCGGUUGCGCAUUCAUGUCGUUCAUGGCUGUAGCAUACGUCCCGGCAUUCUUGGAAGAUAGAGCGAGUUUUGCCAAAGAGCGAGCGAAUGGCUUGUAUGGGGCAACUCCAUUCAUCAUCUCGAAUUUUCUCAUCGGUCUGCCAUAUCUAUUCCUUAUCGCUUUGCUCUUCUCCAUAAUCUCCUACUGGCUCUCCAACUUCCAGCCCACCGGCCAAGCCUUCAUGACCUGGGUGAUGUGGCUCUUCCUCGACCUAGUCGCCGCCGAAUCACUAGUCGUCUUCGUCACGGCCAUAUUUCCGAGCUUUGUCAUCGCCCUCGCACUGGUCGCCUUUGCCAAUGGGCUCUGGAUGAGCGUGGGCGGAUUCCUCGUGACGCCGACGAUUCUAAAUCCGUUCUGGAAAUACGUCUUCCACUACAUCGAUUACCAGGUAAGCCAAGCCCAACCCCCAGCUACAGCCCCGUCCCGGUCCCCGAAGAUCGAAUUGAGUCUAAUCCCUUUUCCUUUAUUUUUCCAGGCCUACGUUUUCCAAGGCAUGAUGGUAAACGAAUUCUCGGACCGCAUUUACUCCUGCGGCACGGGCUGCCAUUGCAUGUACAACACCGACCUCGCCGAUCAGUGUCAGAUCCGUGGAACCGGCAUCCUGGAGACAUAUGGAUAUGCAACCGGUAGAACGGGGAAAUGGGUGGGGAUUCUCGUGGGUAUCAUUGCAGUGUAUCGACUCCUUGGAUGGAUUGCGCUGUCGUUGCGCAAGACCUAA